CAUGUGUCUGUCGUUGCAAAGUAAUCUAUUAUGGCUCCUAAGUACGCCCCAAGUUUGCGCUCUCGUUUGGCUCCUUUUUUGCUUUUCUUACAGAUAGGCUUUAUUGCUGUGUAUUACUUCUACGUUGAGGUUGAAAACAAUGGGAAUGGGAUUAUAUUCAGAAAUUUCUAUCCAGUGUUCCAGGAUUUAAAUGUGAUGGUCUUUUUAGGUUUUGGCUUCUUGAGCACUUUUUUAGUACGCUAUGGCUUCAGUGGUUCAGGCUUCAACCUUCUUAUAGCUGUCAUUGCCAUCCAAUGGGCACUCAUACUCAAUGGCUUUGAGUCCUGGUAUUACAGAGGGAAGAUUUGGAUCGACCUGAGUAGCUUGGUGGUUGCUGAAAUGUGCACAGCCUCGGUUCUCAUCUCAAUUGGGGCUGUGCAAGGAAAAACAAAUCCUGUCCAUCUAACUAUCAUGGCACUGAUGGAGGUAUUUGGCUUCGUCCUGAAUGAGUGGCUCCUGCAGACUUUGCUACCGGUACAUUUGAACUGCAUCCUGGUGCUUCAUAUCUUUGGAGCUUUCUUUGGUCUUGUGCUGACGUGGAUUCUCUAUCGGAAAGAAUCACAACAGGGAUUCGAAAAGGAGAAAUUUGACUGCAAAACAGGAUUAUUCUCCAUGUUCGGUACUUUGUUUCUCUGGAUGUUCUGGCCCAGUUUUAACUCCAUCCUCAUGGACCGUAGUUUUCCCGAGAGGAGGUUGGGGGCUGUGUGCAGCACCUACCUGGCCCUGGCUGUCAGUGCUGUAGGAUCUUUUGCCGUGCCGACGCUCUCCAGCCCAAAGGGAAAAAUCAACCCAACCCAUUUUCAGUCAUGCAUACUUGCGGGCGGUGUUGCUGUCGGGGUUUCCAUGCCAGUGAUCCGUUACCCGUGGGAGGCCAUGACAAUUGGACUGGCCGCGGCUGCUGUGUCAACCGUUGGAUUCCGAUACCUCACGAAGCAUAUGCUGUUCGCCUUUGGUUGCCAUGACACUUGUCGUGUUCUGAGCAUACAUGGACUCCCGGGCCUUCUGGGAUGGCUGAUCCACCUCCUCCUGCAGAUUCAACAGAGUGAUGAUCGCACAAUAGCGAUCCGGUUUGCUGUAUUUCACAUUUGUGUUCUACUCAUCACCAUAGCUGUAAGCCUGACCAUGGGGAUCAUAACAGGAGUAAUACUAAAGUGGGACAUCUGGAGACCACCCCAAGAUAAAAAAUGUUUUGAUGAUCAGACUUUCUGGAAGUUUGAGCAUCUUGCAAUUCGCAAGUAAUCUGAGGAGUCUGACCCUGGAAGUGGACACAAGAGUGACAGAAAACAAAUGCAAAAGAGAUUUCCUGCUCAGGAUGAUUCUGUUUAAUUUAGCUAUGGUAGCCAGAAACUGACCCCCUUGUACAAACGUAAGAAAUGGAUGCACAUAUUAAGUAAAUCUACCAGACAGUUGUGAAAAAUGUUGACCUCAAUUUGGAUCCGCAAGACCAAAAGCAUUUUACAAUAAAUCAGCAUGACAAGAUUCCGAGCUCACUGUUAUUUCAUAAAGAUAUCAUCUCACAUGGCAAGUUUUGUCAGAAUGUAUUUCAUGGUCAUUCCCUUAGUUAUUUGACAUAAUCACAAAAUGUGUUUUUAUCACUGCUGAUGGGUUACUGUGAAAAAAAUGACGGGAGAGCGUAAGCAUACCCACAGAGGGCUUAAUUGGACCUUAUACACAAAAGUAAUAAUAUAC